UGCCGAGGUCAUAUCACAGCAUACUGCAGCCGUGUUUCGUGUCUGGCAUCACUGCUGGGAGUGCUGAGUCGUGCUAUUUAAUAAAGUCAGCAAUCAAUUAUCGAAAAUGAGUGAAAGUCCACCGUUUGUGGUCGUGAAGUUCUUAUCUGCCGAUAAUGAUGAAGAUGAAUAUUACGAGGUAGCUCUCUCAAAGUGGCUUCAAGAUUUAGAUGAAAAUUUGAUCGGGAGCAUACUCUGGCCAGGAGAUAAUUCUACAGCAGGGACGUUAGUUCGAACUCAAGUGAAUGCGCAAUCAAAUUGGUCCAUUUAUGCAGUGGAAGUUAAAAGAUAUUAUGAUACAUAUUUUCAUGCACGAAAAGGAUUGGCAGGAAUAAUAGAAUAUGCCUCAGCCUAUGAGACUGAUACUGGAAAAGAAAUGGGAAGAGGAAAAAGAAAGAAGAAAAAAAACCCAAACUCAUCUUCAUCAGAGUCUGAUAAUGACCAGCACUUAGAAAAUCAAGUUAAGAAAAAAAAGCCAAGCAUUCCAUCACCACCAGCAAUCCAUGUUCCUGAAGCUUCUACCUCAGUCGAUAAGAUUUCUAGUCAUAAGGGCAAAAGAAACAUUAUUGAAGAUUCCUCAAACAUCAAAGAAUCGAAAGUUGCAAGACAUCUAGGUAAACCUAUAUCAUCAGAAAAUAAUCGUCAGAAAUUGAUUGAUAGGAUCAUCAGUGAAAGGAAGAAGACUAUGGAGAAAGCUGAGGAGAAAAAGAAUGCUAUGCUACGCAGUGUAUCUUCAAAAGUUCUACAAUCAUCAUCACAAAACCAAUCUAAACUCAGCACCUCUUUUUCUAAACAUUUUGUGAAGAGUUCUCCAAAGAAGAUUCUAUCCAAACCAAAGACCAGAGAAAAGGUUAAAAGCUCUAAAAACUCUACACCUUCUGAAGUUUCUCUACAAGCUUCAUCAUGUGCUUCGGAAAAUCAGUUUACACCUGAAAAAGAAACAUCUAUUGUGAGCCCUUCAAAAGUGUACAAUAGGAAAUCUGACGAUUCACCUAGAAGUCCACAAAAAUCUCCUUCUUCCUCAUCAGAGAAAGUUGAUACUUCGCUAUCCGCACAGGAAAAGCAUAGCCCACUUUCCUCCAAAAAAAAGUUAGAUCCACUUGUUCGUAAUUUGUCAAAUUUUUUUAGUGCAACAGAAAAAACAUUAGAAGGCAUUAGUAGUAAGCUUGAGGUUGUUAUUAUGAACCAAACAAACUUAAAUAGAAGUCUGCUUCCGGAACAGGCUGUCAUCAAUAGACCCUCAAAUCUACCCUCUCUGCCUCUGAGGGACAUAAAAGGCCUCGAAGAAUUUGAGAAAUUUUUAUCCAACGAUGUAAAUCUUUCAGCAGCA